UCAACUUUCACUCUGCUGCAGCUUCUCAGAGUGUGUGCCUGGUGUUGGUGAGAGCUAGAAAAUGGCGGAGGCUAUUUCUCAGGAGGAAGAGUCUUUCACAUGUCCAUUGUGUCUUGAUCUACUGAACGAUCCCGUUACUAUUCCCUGUGGACAUAACUUCUGUAUGAGGUGCAUUGAAGGCUGCUGGGAUCAGGAAGAUCAGAAAGGAGUCUACAGCUGCCCCCUGUGCAAACACACCUUCACUACCAGACCUGUCCUCUAUAAAAACCCUCUGAUUGCUGAAAUGGUGGAGAAAAUUAGGAAGACCAGAAUCCAAGCUACUACACACAAUUAUGCUGGACCUGGAGAUGUGGAGUGUGAUGUCUGCACUGGAAAAAAACGCAGAGCUGUGAAGUCCUGUUUGGAGUGUCUGGUGUCUUACUGUGAAACUCACUUCAAAGUUCACAAUGAAGCAACCCCAAGAAAACAUUCAGUGAUUGAUGCCACAGGCCAACUACAGGAGAUGAUAUGCACCCAUCAUAACAAGGUGUUUGAAAUAUUCUGUCGUACUGAUCAGAGUUGUAUCUGCUAUCUGUGUGUGAUGGACGAACAUAAAGGCCAUGACACAGUCACAGCUGCAGAAGAAAUGAACAACAAACAAAAGCAGUUGGGGCAGACCCAGAGGAGAUUCCAGCAGAGAAUCCAGGAGAGAGAGAAGGAGCUGCAGGAGCUGAGGAAGGCUGUGGAGACUCUCAAGAGCUCUGCACAGACAGCAGUGGAGGACAGUGAGAGGAUCUUCACUGAGAUGAUCCACUCCAUCGAGAGAAGGCGCUCUGAGGUGACAGAGCUGAUCAGAGCUCAGGAGAAGGCUGAGGUGAGUCGGGCUGAAGGACUCCUGAAGAAACUGGAGCAGGAGAUUGCUGAGCUGAAGAGGAGAGAUGAUGAACUGGAGCAGCUUUCACACACAGAAGAUCACAUCCAUUUCCUCAAGAAUAUGUCAUCAUUCCAAGACCUUCCUCACUCUAAAGACUUACCCAGCAUGACCUUCAACCAAACUUUCUCUUUUGAGGCUGGUGUUGCGUUGGUCUCUUCACUGAAGGUGGAGUUGGAGGAGAAACUGGGUGGCAUCUUCAAGCAGGAAGUGGCCAAGAUAUCUGCAGCAGUGGCACAUAUUGAGAUCAUCAAGUCUUCAGAAUAUACUGAUCCUGAAAUCCUAGUCAGAAGCACAGACAGGAAGGAGGUGCUGCCACCAUACAUGUCUGAUGUCCAGGCUGUUUUUCCAGAACCAGUAACCAGAGAGAAGCUCUUGCAGUACUCCUGUCACUUCACACUGGAUCCAAACACAGCACACGGUAAACUCCAUCUGUCUGAAGGGAACAGGAGGGUGGAGUGGAUAGCUGAGCUCCAGUCAUAUCCUGAUCAUCCAGAGAGAUUUGAUGGGUAUCAUCAGGUGCUGUGUAGAGAGGGUUUGUCUGGACACUGCUACUGGGAGGUGGAGUGGAGUAGGGGGGUUCAUAUAGCAGUCUCAUAUAAAAGCAUCAACAGGAAAGGAGGGGGUGCUGAGUGUGGGUUUGGUUGCAAUAAUCAGUCCUGGAGGCUGAAACUCUCCAGCUCCAGUUUCUCUUUCAGGUACAUUAAUAAAGAGACUAAACUCCCUCUAGUGGCUGGCUCCAGAAUAGGAGUGUAUGUGGAUCACAGGGCAGGAACUCUGGCCUUCUACAGCAUCACUGACACAAUGACCCUCAUGCACAGAGUCCAGACUACAUUCACUCACACACUCUACCCUGGGUUUACAUGUAUAGAUCCUAGAUCAUCAGUGAAGCUGUUGUGACCCAUAGACCUCAGAUACAGAUAGAUGCUGAAAUCACAUCUCCACACACACAUAUAUUGUGAUGAUAUUUCAUCUCCUCUGAGCCUCUCUCACAAUCCAUUUCCCCUCCCUCCUGCUCCCCCUAACCCUCCUUCCCCUCCCCCAUUUCAGGCCUUUAGUCACGCUGUGAUUGGACAUGUAACUGAUCGUAGGUUAAAUAUGAAGCUUAGGUUAAGAUGACUAGAAGUAAAUAUGUACAAGUUUCUUCUCAAGAUAUAAAAAAUAUAUAUGAUGUAUGAUGAUAUGUACAAUUCGUAAUGCAACUUGACUGACCUAGUCUCAAUCUUCAUAACUGGCAAAAUGCAUGAUACUGUAUGUCCUUAUGGUAAAUGUUACAUAUACAUUUUGUUUUUAAAUAAAAAGCAUACAUGAUCACUACUGUUCAUGGAGGAUAUGUUAUCUUUGUAUGUCAUAUAAUCAAGUCCAUUAUUCAUGUGUAUUUGUCAGAUCAUUUAGUGUUUGUUAUGAAUAAAACAGUUGGUCUGGGGGUCAGACAUACAUGCUGCAUCCUUGCCACCAAUAAAUGCCUUC